AUGGAUCCGCGGAGCGGCUUCUGCCCGAGCACGAGGACGUUCCGCAGCCUGCGCCCACCGAUCCCGCUCCCACCGGAGGACGACGACGCGGCCGUCUCCUUCCCGUCCUUCGCCUGGUCGCGCCUCCCGCGCCCGCUCCCCGCGCACCCGGCCUUCGUCGACGCGUCCACGGGCGCCGCGCUCUCGUUCCCGGCGCUCCUCGCCCGCGUCCGCUCCCUCGCCGCGGCGCGCCGCUCGGCGUCGCCAGGGGCGACCCCGGUGUCCGCGCCCGCCGACGUCGCCCGCGCGGUAGCCCUGUGCGACCCGUCCGUCAUCUUCGCCACCGGAGCAACCGUCAGCAAAGUCCCUGCGUCAGGGAAGAAAAAGGCAUCCGUCAUCCUGCUGGACUCGCCACAGUUCCAGUCCUUCCUCCACGGCCACGACGAACCGGGGUUCGCCGCAGGCGUGCCGCCACCGCCGGUCGAGGUGGUGCGGCAGUCCGACGUGGCAGCUAUCGGCUACUCGUCGGGCACGACGGGGCGAACUAAGGCGGUGGCGCAGUCGCACCGGCGCCUCAUCGCGUCCGCGCUGCAGUACCGCUCGGCGUGGCCGCGCGUUGCCGGAGGUCCCGCGGUCGUCACGCUCCUCGGCGUGCCCAUGUUCCACUCGUACAGCUUCCACAUGCUCAUGCGCGGGGUGCUGAUGGCCGAUACCACGGUCGUGGUCACCGCCACCCGCUGCGGCGCGGCAGCCGUGCUGGAGGCCGCCUCGAGGUGCAGGGCCACGCAGAUGUUCGUCGCGCCGCCUGUCGUGGCGGCCAUGGCGGCGCGGGGAGGCGGCGUCGGACCGGAGGGGUUCCCGGACCUUGCACUAGGCUCAACUGAGGGUGGUGUGAUAUCAAACAUGGUCUGUCGUGAGGAAUGUCAUCGUAUAAAAUCAACAGGUCGGCUAUGUAGCGGUGUUGAAGCCAAAGUUGUUGACAUUAUUAGUGGUGAACUCUUAUCAACCAAUGAACAAGGCGAAUUAUGUAUCCGAGGCCCAAGUGUCAUGCUAGGAUAUGUUGGUGGUGAUGAAACAAGCAAUCAAGCAUUUGACUCUGAUGGCUGGCUUAAAACUGGCGACCUCUGCUCUUCUGAUGAGGAUGGCCUCCUUUACGUUGUUGAUAGACUAAAGGAUAUAAUUAAGUACAAGGCGUAUCAGGUUGCACCAGCAGAGUUGGAGGAUGUGUUGCAUUUGAUCCCUGGGAUAUUGGAUGCUGCAGUUAUCUCGUACCCAGAUGAAGAAGUAGGACAAUUACCAAUGGCAUUUGUUGCAAGGCAAAAUGGGAGCAAUAAUCUUACAGAAGACCAAAUAAUGGAAUCCAUUGCCAAACAGGGCGAGGAGUCGAGAUGGGAGCUCAGCACCGAUGUUGGAGAAGGGAUGGGAGGUGUCAGGAUGGGAGCUCGGUGGGAGGGGUGGGGCGAUCUGAAAGGUCUUCUAAGGACGCUCCGCCAUGUCAAGUCACCGCUGAGGCCAAAGAUGCCAUUGCUGCAAUUUCAUGACUCUUUAAGGACCUACUUGACCGGCGUAAAAUUGAGAAACAGAUACUUGGAAGUGAAAUGGAGGAUGAAUACAUACUUCCUACUGAAUAUUGUGGUGUCACUGCGCGAGGUGCACAGGGAGAGCGCCAGCAGGCUGAUGGAGAUGGAGGAAUUGUUAUUUGUGCGCAUAGGGCUCGCACGGCAAGCAGAUGGGAGCUAUGACAUUGCUUCGAGUUCCAAGAGCAGUGCUAGUUCUGCAAAUGGGUAUCCUCAUAAGCCAUCAUUGGAGCUUACAGACAAUCUAGCGUUCCUUGUGCAUUCUGGAGAUGCCCUCUUGGCAGAUUUCGUUGAAAACAGGUUGUCUGAGCUUGUAGUGAAGGUCGAAAGUUGCAAUGAGUUGAUUUGA